ACGCUCAUGCAGCCAUAAAAUCAAACACGUGUCAUUGUGGAACCCAUGGUUAAUUUUAACUUCAUGAAGAAGAUUAAAAUCCAAUCUUUUUCUAAGACCCACACGUUGAUGUCACCUUUAAAAGAAAAGUGAAAGUGACCCUUAAAUUCAACCCCACCACCAUAGUGCCAACUGACUCAAAUGUACGCGUCUAGUUUCCCAAAUUAUACACAAUAUGACCAAAAUACCCCUAGUGAACAUCAUUAUUCACAGAGUAGUGCCCUUGCAUCACGCCCUUAAAUAUGAGCCCCUUAAGCUGCCUUUCUUCCCUUUCUCCUUCUUUCCUUUCACCACUCUUAAGUUACAAACCAACCAUGCUUUCUACCCUUUCCGCUUCCAAUUUCACGGCGUUAGACGUCGAUUUAACGCCGUGGGAUUUCGAUGACGUUUUGUCAGCCUUCGAAAUACCAACCAGUCCCAAGCUCACUUCAAGUUCCGGUUCGGGUGAACCAAAUGAAAUCCGUCUUGAAGUAGAAAAACCGGGUUUUGAUGACUCGAACCGGAAUAUGGAGGAGAGAAAGAGGAAGAGAAUGAUAUCAAACCGGGAAUCAGCAAGGAGGUCACGUAUGCGUAAACAAAGGCAUCUAGAAAAUUUACGGAACCAAUUGAACCUUUUUAAGGUUAAAAAUCGGGAAUUAAAAACCGGGUUGCAAUUUCUACUUUGUCACCUUAAUCGCCUACGAACCGAAAACGAAUGGCUCCGGUCUGAACGAACCGUGCUGAGGCAAAAAUUGUCGAACAUAAGUCAAAUUUUGGUUUUUCAACCGUUCUCCACUGCAUGGCCAUGCAAUAUUGCCACAGCUGAAUAAAUUAAUUAACCUUGAUGAUAAUGAUUAACAAAGUUGAUUAAUUAUAUAACGGUCUCCGUUAAAUAUAAUGGAGAUAUAACUUGUUUUAAUUUGUAUGUGUAAGUAAAUUAGGGUGGUUACCGGUGUUUUUUUUUUGUGGAAAACGGUAAUUAAGGUUUUGGAAAAUUUUGAUGCCAUGGUUUUCAUUGUUUUUUCAAAACCAGGGUUGGCUAAUUAUGUAAUUAAAAUUUCCCUAAAAAAAUAAUUAUGUAAAAUAUUAAUUAGUGUUUUAUUUUUUUGGUAGUUCUAUAAUAUUCUUACAAUUCCAUGAAAUUAUGAAUGUUGCCUUUUUGUGGUUGCAUGUUGCUCAAAAUAUUGAU